AUGCAUUUCUCCCUAGUGCCCGCCGUUGGGGCCCUUCUGCUUGCCGCCACCGUCACCACUGCGGCCCCUACGGAGGAUGCCCUGGUGAUCCUCGAAGAUCUUCAGAGGCAGGUUGAAACCAAGCUGCACGACUCGGAGACUCUUCAGGCCCGCGGGUCUGGACAUUGCACGCUCCUAAACGCUGCCGUCCGUAAAGACUGGGAGCACAUGUCCAAAGUCGAAAGAAAGGACUACAUCAGGGCAGUAAAGUGCUUAUGGAAGUUGCCGUCCGUCGAUCCGGAUUUUUCGGCCGCCCAGAACCACUUUGACGACUAUGUCGCCGUGCACAUGAACCAGACCAACUUCAUCCACGGCACGGCCAACUUCCUCACGUGGCACCGCUACCUCAUAUGGCUCUGGGAGCAGAAGUUGCGCAACCAGUGUGGCUACAAGGGAUAUUUGCCGUACUGGAACUGGUUCAAGUACCAGGACGACCUGUCCAAGUCGCCAGUCUUCGACGGCAGUGAUACCAGCCUAGGCGGCGAUGGCGAGUACUUUGCCCACAACGGCAGUGUCGUCGGCGCUGGACGGAUCUGGCUGCCGUCAGGAAAGGGCGGCGGCUGCGUGAAGUCGGGUCCUUUUGUCAAGUACGCUCCGUUCUCCUUAACACCACCUACCUCACUGUCCCUUGCAUCCCCCAUGACCAAAAACGAAAGACAUCUGACCACGCAAUUACUCGUCGGCAGCUAUACAAUCAACAUCGGCCCGGUCCAGCCCGCCAUGCAAGGUUACACCCCCGUCUACACCGACGUCAAGAAACUCAACCCGCGCUGCCAGCGGCGUGACCUCACCAUGGCCGCAUCCAUGUCCACCUUCACAGCCUCGAACCUGCUCAACGUCACCGUCGGCCGCGCAUCGGCCACCGUCGGCCACUUCCAAGACGAGCUGCAAGGCCCGUACGGAACGCUCCGCCUGCACGGCGCCGGCCACUACUCCAUGGGCGGCGACGGCUCCGACGUCUUCACGUCACUCAACGACCCGGCCUUUUACCUACACCACGCCAUGAUCGACCGCAUUUACUGGAUCUGGCAGGUCCUGCACCCGGCCGAGGCGAACAAGGUCAACGGCACCAUCACUUUCCGCAACAACCCGCCCAGCCGCGUGGGCACCGUCGAUGACCUGCUCGACAUGGGGAAGCUGGGACCGUCAAUCCCCAUCAAGGAUGUUUUGAACACACUCGGGGGCACUCCGCUGUGCUACAUCUACGUUUAG